CUUUUCUCCAUACGAACCCUGCUCAUGCGAAAGUGCACUUCACCAGACUUCAGGUCUCUCCAAGCAUCUUCAGUUGACUGUCUGUUCUGCGCAAGUAAACUUCACAGACAAGUCUCAUGGGCGGCUAUUUGUAAAUAAUAUGACUCCUACCAGUAGCUCCGUUCCAUAUACAUUCCACGUCGUACUGCAGCCUCUUGUCCUCCUUCGGUCCCUCCGCAUGUCCCACGCGCCGCUUUUUCAUACAGUAUCAUCGCCGCCAUGCAUCAGAACAAAAUUCACAUGUGAUGAUGGGCCUAUCAAGAUGCCGACCUAUUCUCGCCUGGACGCAGCCUGGACGCAGCCUGCAGCAUUAUGAGCAUGCAGUCGAGCCACCAUCCACUCCAUCACCAAGCACAGAGCUUGAACCCCGCACUGUCAUGCAGAUUCGCUGCGUGAAAUGCCCCAUCGCUCAGGUUACUCCACUAUGCUGCUUCUCCCUGCAGAGCCUCAGCUUUCCUGGGGCUUUAUUAGGACUGGCCAGUCGCGGGGCAACACCUGCGUCGCUCGCUAUGUCUUCCAGUCAGUAGGUAGCAGUCUGCCUCGCCUCACUGAUGUCGGACCGCAAGGCGAGGUAUAAAACCAGCUACGUGGAUGAGUUUGGGCAAGAGAUUGGUAGAGAUAGAGGUGGAGGAAGCUCAUCGUCGUACCGAGAGCCGUCCAGGCAUCGAGAACGUCCCGAGAUCCCACGAUCUGAAUCACACAGGGCAGAUGCGCCAACAAGGUCUUCCACAGCCACGACAACACACAGUGUGGGCUCAUCUAGGCAUGGUAACAGGGACCGCGCAAGAAAAGAUUCCGACGCUUUCAGUACGCAGCUUCAAUCUGGGCCCGAAUAUGGCGACAGAAGUCAACCCAUUGCUAUACGACAUGGCGAUUCGAAACGAUAUCAUGAUGCGGGAGGGUUUAGUCGUUCCCGAGAAGAAAGUACAAUCGAUCCAGGCGACAGCUAUGAUGCCCCAGAAUCUUCCAAUGCUCGGCGCGGCUCGCAUAGCACUUACAGCCCCCCACCUCUCCGUGAGCGAGGUUUUGGAUCAUCUCCUGAUCAUUUAUCUGGCUCGCUAGCAAGACUGACUAUGAGUGAUGUUGUCGGAAGCCCUUCGUUCGUCGUCACGAGCUCUCAUCAGGGUACUUCUGGGGACUACGAUAAUGCUGGCCCAACUCAACGCCAGAUGUCACCUCCGGAAAACCUGAACGAAGACUUUCGUGUCGGGUCGUUUCGAGACAAAGGGAAAAGUAUUGCAAGAGAUCCUUCCCCAGCUCCUCCACUUGAAGGAAUUCCUAAACAUCUAAUUCGAGGUACACGAGGCGACACCGAAGAUCUGGACAGCAGCUACGCCAAGCGUAGUCAGGAUUACAAGAAGUUUUUCCGCCCAGGACGAGUGUUCAGUACCUUGUGGACGGAGUCAUACGAUGAUAGCCCGCAAAGUGAACAUGACCAGUUUCGGAGCAAAGUCACGUACCAAGUUUCGUACAAGCAAAAGGUCUUCUCCAAAAUUCGUCGCUUUGUGGUGGUUAGACAAGCCGAUCGGAGCUGCACAUGCCUACCUGUUACCACCUACGAUGGGCGCGGCUACAAGAAAAAGGGAAUCAACCUUGAUGACCACGGGUUGAUCUACAGCAGCAGAGAUCCGCCUCUAAACAUCAGAGGCAUCACAAAGCAGCCGCUUCGAAUCAUUCUUUCCAAGGGAGCGGAGAAACUCGGCAAUCCCUCCUAUCUAAAUUACGGUAGAGUUUAUACCGUCGAGACAAAUGUGAAGGUGAAGGACGUCGGUGAUCUUGACACAGAGUCAAGACGGUUACUUCGCACCUACUACAGGGAGGUGCAUUUCAGAGACUUUCCGGACGAUGACAAUUACGCUCAACCUGGUCCAUCCUCAAAUCCACAACAAAGAGAUGUUGAAGUCGCAGGAGCAGGAGCUGCUUUCGCCUCUACCGCUGGUCAACAAAAGUAUGGCUCUCGUGGCCAGUAUGAUCAAUCUUCCUCUGGAAGAUAUAAUCAACAGCCAAGCUGGACUAAUGCAACUGGGUUUCCUCCUCCAGCAAGCAGCAUGUACCCAGCUGCGCCAAUUUACCCACAGCCACAGCCGACAGUCUCUGGCAAUAUCCCUGCAUAUCAGUACGCUAACGUCCCAACUUUUGAUAUGAACCGACGUUCAUCAGCCUAUCAAUCAGAUUUUCAGUACAAUCAAGACGUGUCCUCAGCUGGUGGUUUCGCAAAUCAGCAAAUUCUUGCAGGACCACAGUCCCAAAUGUAUCCACAAGCCCCAGAUCCACGUUGGCCUCGAGAGCAACCUUCGCAGCCUCAGUAUCAAACAAUUCAAGCUCCUCUGGUUUCCGGUAGUUUCUACGGCGGACGUGACCAGGGCUACAAUGAUCAGUACUCGGUCAAUGAUUCCCGUUAUCUGCCUCCAGAUCCAAAUUAUGGCCAGUCUCAAGGGACUGAUCAGGCUGCGGGCUGGACUCCCGCCUCCACUGGGCGACAAGUCAUACACGAGGAAGACGUCACGCUACCGACGUUGGAGCAAGCUCAAGCAACGCAGCGACAGCGGCGUCAGAGUUCAACAAGAUACUCUACUAGCAGUCGAGGUGGAUAUGAUGAAUCACGGGAUCGAUACCGCAGCUCUGGAUCGGGCCAUCGUGGACCGUGAUCAUCCCCCAGCGACAGAUACUUCGAUUUCUUUUGUCUUUCCGUUUUGGUUCCCCGUUCUUAAUGAAUUUAUACGUGUCUCGUUAUACCGGUUGGGCUGCGUGCUUCAACAUUCCGUUACAACUGGCUCUCAGAGUCCGUCGCUAGCCAUAUACUAGCCACGACUCAAAUGCUGUUGUAUUUCCUUUACUCACGAUUCUGCUCUCUUCUGGCUGUUAAUUUUGCUUUUUACCUAUUUGUUUUCCACUAUAACGAAAUUCCUUGACCUAUUGGGCUUUCGCACCUUGCUGUUGUUCCGGCCAUGUCCCACAUGUGCCGUCUAGCAAACUUGCUCAAGCUACAUAAACGAGUUUCGUUAGUACUUUAUGCUUCAGGAAUGCCAUGAGCUUCCAAAUAUCGACAGUCAUGUCGGUACACAGAACGUUUUCAAUUUAUAUUUACGGCCGAAAUUAUGAAAAAUCUCUUGGUUGGGUAUUAGGCGGGACGCUGGCGCUUUGAUGUUUUGAUUUCUCUCGCUUGGGAAUAUCUUUAGCGAGAUAUGAGGACAGGACCGGAGACCUGCUCUUCAUCUGUCGUGACGACGAAAUUGGAUUUAUUCUCUAGGUCUGCGUAGUGUCUUACAACAUUAAUAUGCUAAAUAUAUAUAUUCUUAUAUACUUCCAAGGAACUCGAUCUUUCGCUCUGGAACAGCAUCGAAGGCUGGCAGUGCUUUUAAUUUUCUGAUGGGAAGGUGGGUGUCUAUCUGUCUGUGGCAUCUGUGGAGGGACAAGCGGGUAAUCCCCACUGGAUAGGGUCUUGACAUGAAUAUUGAAAUUAGGUCAAGAAACAAUUAUCUCCUCAAUUGCGGACCGUAACACAUAUUUAUAGGGAGUUGACAGCCUGUAGCGACACAAUGUAAUUACUUCGUUAAGCGAAG